UUUUCUCGUACGUUAAUUAAUUUAAUGUAAUUUAAACAGUCGCCUGUAUAAAAACUUAAAAAGGCUUGUAAACCCCACAACCCAAUCCUUCUUCUAAUAACCCCACCUCCUCGUUAUCCAUCGCUCUCCUCCUGCGCCUUCUUUUACCCCCAUAUCCAAGCUUGGCUCUUUUUCCCUCUUUUUCCUCUCCCACUACUUAAUGGGAUUUGGACCAUUCCGUCCUCUACUCGUCGCUUUCUCUUGAGAAAGUUUGUAACUUUCAGGAAGAAGAUGCGAGUCUUAUGAUGUGCCAAUUGAAUUCCAUUUCCGACUUGGUAUUCACUGAAACCAUGAUCAGCUUUUGUGCUUCUGUUUCCUCAAGUCCUCUGUUUUCAAGCAUUGUCACUCUCUACGCUCUGAUCCUCCUCUAUUUCCCGUACCAUUUCAUCAGAAUUGUUUUCUCACCAGUGCCGAUCAUAACAGGAAUUCUCUUACUCACAAUUCUACGACUUGGUGCUGUUCAAAGAUUUGAAGGCGAUGAACACAGAGAAAAGGAAGACAAUUCUUGCCUGCUCGAAACAGAGUGUACCAAAACCAACGAGAGCAAAGAAUGCAAUGAGGAAAACAAAGAAAACAGGGGAAGCACGAGCACCUCCACUCAAAGAACCGAAGUCCAAGAACAAAUCCCAACUUCACCAGAAGCUCAAGAUCACAGCUUUUUCACCUACCAAUCCGAAACGGACUCCGAAAGCGAAAUGGGUUUUGAUCCGAACCCCCGUUUUGAAGACUUUUUCGUCGAGUGGAACCUGAAGGCGCCAUUAGAGGUCAUAUAUGAAGAGAAUGAACGUGAAGAAGAUGAGAUGGAUCGUAAUGGAAAUGACCCGAAUUCGAAACAAGAGCAAGAAAGCCAAGCUCAGGGUCUUGAAAGGUACCCUUCGUUGUCUAUGUAUUACCCGGAGUCGGACUCGGAUAGCUCAUCGGACGGCGGGUAUUCGGUGACCGGAGUUUGGAACUCACCGGAGAGCAUGUGCUUCAGGUGGGAAGAGGAAGACAGAGAAGGGUUGAUAGAGAUUGCUUUGGAGGAAAAUUCAAAGAGAGGCAUGGAUUUUCAAGUUGAUCACGAGGAAGAUAAUUUGAUAGAGAUUGAUAUAUCUCCGACGAGAAACAAUGAAUAUUGCGGCAAGAAAUGGCUGUCUCCCGGCGAGGUUUGAGAGACACGUGGAGGCUAAUGUGGUGGUGGUGGAAUUUUCAACGUUUGGUCCGAAGUGCACCUUUGAUAAGGAGGUGGCGGAGGAGGAGGAGGAUGAGGAGGAGGCAACAAAGUCGUGUACAUGAACAUUGGCAUUUUGGAAUUGUUGGAGAUUUGAUGCAUCAUGCAUGCACAGAAGGAGGGUUGGGGACAAUCUCACAUCAAGAUAGUGAUCCCAAUUUUAGAUGUUUGUGGCCUCGUCAAAGGCUCAAAUCAAGAACCAAAGCCUUACUUAUUGGUUCUCAUCAAUGUGAAUUAUCAUGCAUUUUCUGGGAAGAAAUGUUGGUGUUAUAAAUUCUAGGCAUUCUUAUUAUUUAUCACCAAAACUCAGCUUAAACUGUUUGCAUCAG